AUGUAUUCCAGAGAGUCUAUUGUUCAAGAUGCCUUAGAUGAGCUCCAGUCCAUCAGCCAAAAAUUUUCUGAUUUAUUCCCAGAUUGGGAACUUAAUCGUCUGCGGCAGUUGUUGGAAUGGGGGAGAUGGUUUUAUUUGUGGGGAAGAAAGUGGGGCGAUGAACAAGAUGUGGGCUGGGAAACUGCUGUGUGUACAGUGGAGGACACUCUUCACAGACAUUCCCUGGAAAUUCUGUUUCUUUGUCUCACGUUGAAGGAGAAAUUGCUGAGGGUUGAUGAUUCUGAUGAGAGAUGGGAUGCUGAUUCGGAGGGAUGGUAUGAUGUGCUUAAAAAUUUUCUUUGGAGAAUUAUUGGAUCGGUGAAACCAGGAAUUGAGGAAUUGGUCCGAAUCAUGGGGACAGAUCUCACAUUGCAAACAAGAUCUUCUUCUCGAACAGAUGUGAAGCAACUGCUGGACAGCGUCGACUUCAUUCUUCACACUUUUCAGAGUCUUGAAUCUCACACUCUUCAUGAAACCGUAACGUUCAUGAAGAACUUCAUUCGCUUUGCUACGCUUCACGGACUUGAGGAUAGGCAGAUCAUCGAAGAUCUCUUCUCUCACUUUGAACGUGUAUUUAUUCAAUCUCAAGUCCUACUUUUUCAUGUUUGCGUUAUACAGCGUUAUCUUUUCGCAAAUUCUCAUGGUGAACUUCUGAGAAAAAUUGAGCCAGUUGAGUCGCGUGUUUGUGAGAUUUAUGUUGGUGUCUUGCAAGAUGUUUCAAAGUUUUCAGGGUCCUCCUUCCAUCCCACUAAAGAAACUCAUGCUUUGGUGUUUAGAGACUUAGUGGAUUCUCUCAUUUUUCUGAUUUUGAACCUUUUCUUCCGUGAUUGCAUUUUUGUGGACAUGUUUCACCACGAAAUGCAUAAAGUGCAUGAGGGACUCUCAUUCUUGAGAACCACUCUAUCAGAGCACCAUGACAAGCUUGAUGACCUCAUUAGACCUUUGAUUUGUGAGGCAGGCAUCCUAAUUUUUCAUCUCUAUCAAGAAAAUGGAGAACAAAGAGGAAGGUUGAUUGCAAAAUUAGAGCUCCUUUUUUCCAAUUUCGAGACAAAACCCCAAAUUCUCAAGGCUGCAGAAGAAGAUGCGCCAAGGUUUCCACCAACAUCAGCAUAUCCCCAAACAAACUUGUUGGGUUUUAUUGACUCUGUCUUGGAAAAAAUAAAGUCAUUCGUGAUUCAAGUUUCUUCAGAAAAGGAUAAGUUCCGAGCCCUCCACGAUGAUCUUACAGUUUUAAGAUCUUUUGUAGUCCAUGAUAAUGGGAUGACGAUCCAAGAUCUCUCGAGUCGCAUUGCAACGGUAGCUUAUGACACGGAGUUUGUACUUGAUUCUUUGGUUGUUGCUGGUAAACCACUCCGGACGAGCCUUAUCGUGCAGCUUGAUGUUAUCAUAACAGAGAUUGAGCUUAUUAAGACUCAGGUCUCGGAGAUUCCUUGGAGUAUGGAGCCAACCAUUGCAGUUCAAAAGAUUAGUCAAGCUAACCUUAAGAUGGCACUAGCAGUUGGUAAGAUCCCAGAUUCCAAUGACAGAGUGGUGGGCUUGGAUGACGAGGCAAAAAUCAUCAUCGAUAGACUCACUAGAGGGACAAAACAGUUAGAUGUGGUUUCGAUUGUGGGCAUGGCCGGAUUAGGUAAAACUAGUUUGGCCAAGAAAGUUUAUCAUCAUUCCCACAUCUCUCAUCACUUCCAGGUUCGCUCUUGGGUCACCGUGUCUCAAGAAUACAACACAAAAAGUUUGUUGAUUGGGAUUUUAAGCGGUCUGGACCAAAAUUCAACUGGAGAGUAUAUAAAUAUGAGGGAAGAUGAUUUGGCUGAAAGACUCCGUAAAUGGUUGAAGGGAAUCAGGUAUCUUAUGAUCUUGGAUGAUAUUUGGGAUACUCAAGUAUGGAAUAGUUUGAAAAUGUCAUUCCCAGACGAUGAUAAGGGUAGCAGAAUUCUCCUAACCAGUCGACAGGAGACUAUUGGUUUGGAAAUCAAUCCACACUCUGAACCUCACCGUCUUCGUGCACUAAAUCAUGAUGAGAGUUGGGAAUUAUUUCGGAAGAAGAUGUGCUUUGACCAAAGUUGUCCAUCGGAAGAAGUAAUUGCUCGUGCCAAGACAAUAGCAAAAUCCUGCAAGGGAUUGCCGCUGAUGAUUUUAAUUGUUGCAGGAUUUCUCGCUAAUACAGAGCCAAGUAAGUGGGAAGAAGUUGAAGAAAUGCUAAAAACAGAAAUAAUCAUCCCAUCGUCAAUUCUCAAUCUCUCAGAUUUGGAGACUUUGAUUGUUUAUUCUGGUGGGAGAGUUUUGUUGCCGGAUACUUUGUGGGGUAUGAAAAAAUUAAGGCAUCUGGAAGGAGCUUUGGAGUUUGUAUUGCCAUCAGAGAUUCCCGUAGCCAAUUUGGAGAAUUUGCAGACUUUCUCGACUGUAUCAUUCACCUGCAGCCAAACGAUGGUGGGAGUAUUGAAGAAGUUACCAAAUCUCCGGACACUACGAUGUCGUCUCGAUCUGGGUGGAGGAGAGUGCACUGUGGAUUUCAUCACUUUGAAUCAACUCGAAUCACUCGACAUCACUCGUGGGAGGAACCUUUUUCAAUUUCGAUUUCCCCAGAAUCUAAAGGAUCUAUAUCUGGAUUCAACUUGCCUUCCGUGGAGUGAAGUUUCAGCUAUUGGAAGGCUACCAAAUCUUGAAGCUCUCCGAUUGGAUGGGAAUGAAUACGAGGGGGAAAAUUGGGACAUUGAAGAAGAAGGCACAUUCCCCAAACUCAGAGUGUUGGAAUUAUGUUACAUACCCAGUUUGGAGAGAUGGACAACGGCUUCGGAUGACGACUUCCCAUCUAUUGAGACAUUGAUACUGGCAGCCUGCAAUCGCUUAAAGGAAAUCCCUUCUUGUAUAGCUCAAAGUUCAACCCUUCAGAUGAUUGAGGUCUUGGAUUGUCCACGUGUCUAUGAUUCGGUAAAGGAAAUUCAUGAAACGCAGAUGGAUUAUGGAAAUGAAGAUCUACGGAUAUAUCUCGACAAGGAACAACUAACAAAAGACCAAUUGCAUGCUCAUCCAACGAACUCACCAACAAACAUAUUCAUCUUAGCUGGACAAAGCAACAUGGCUGGCCGAGGAGGCGUCCAUGGGGGCGUCUGGGACGGGAUUGUUCUGCCAGAGUGCCGGCCAAACCCGUCUAUUCUCCGGCUUUCGGCUAACCUCACCUGGGAGGAAGCAAGAGAUCCAUUACACAAAGAUAUUGACGUGAAUAAAACCGCUGGAGUUGGGCCAGGCAUGCCAUUUGCUAAUGGUGUGCUAAACAAAGACCCCAGUUUCGGAACCAUCGGUUUAGUACCUUGCGCUGUUGGGGGGACAAACAUAACCGAAUGGAGGCGUGGUAAAUUCUUAUACAACCAGCUAGUUAAUCGAGCAAGCGCCGCAGUAAAAAGCGGGGGAAUCAUCAGGGCUAUGUUAUGGUUUCAAGGUGAAAGUGACACUAAGAUUCAAGAGGAUGCCUUGUCUUACGGAAGAAAUCUUGAAACAUUUUUUACCAAUGUGCGCGCUGACUUGCGUUUGCCAUCGCUUCCCAUCAUUCAGGUGGCGGUGACAUCGGCGGAAGGGACAUUAAUCGACACUAUAAGGCAAGCUCAACUGGGAUUCAAGCUUCCUAAUGUACGAUGUAUAGACGCCAAGGGCUUGCAACUGAAAUCGGACGAUCUCCAUCUCACGGCUGAGUCCGAGGUUCAGGUCGGGAAGAUGCUGGCUGAUGCAUUUUUUCAGUUCUAUAGUGAACAAAGUACAACCCCAUAA